UAGUUUUUUACCACUGUAUAUUGUUCCUCCACCAUGUAUUUCUUAUUACGUGUCACCUAAAGGGUGGACAAAAAUAUAUGAAUAGUAAUACAAGUAGACAAAAAGGAGGAAUGUAAAGUACAAGAAAUUACGAGUUAAUAUCGAAUGCAGAAAAAUGCAGGAGAAGUUUUCAAAUUUUAGGAUCAAGUCUUCUGAACCGAACUGAGACUCAUAAUUUUGCAUAUCCGUAUAUUCUAAAAUAAAGGAUUACAGUAUAUAUAUAGAGUUAAGCAGCACAGAAUAUGCGCAGAACAGACGAAAACUCGUCUGAAGAAUAUGAUCUUAUGUGGGAUGAAAUAUACAAUUAAUUAUUAUAAAAUCUGAUUUUUAAUAGCUUUUCUGGGCUCUUGCUUUUCAUUUAAUAAAACAAUUCAUACCUUUUAUAUUUUCCUAUUUCAUUUUAUUCUUGAUGUAAAUAUACAACCAAUCUGAAGUUGAAUACAAUAAAAAGUAUCACAUGGUCGAACAGGUACAGGCGGGAAUGAUGUGACAAGUUGGAAAAGGUUAUAUGUUGUUAAUGACAGUUUAAUAUUAACGCAAUACUUUUAUACCGUAUAAUAUCUUUAAAUUAAAAUUAUGUGGUGCACAACACCUGAAAUUUCAUGGCAUAACCGUGACCCAGUGUUAAGUGUAGAUAUACAAGCUGGAAUCUAUGAAACAGUGAAAAAGGAAACUUUCUGGCGACUUGCAACCGGUGGUGCCGAUUCUCAUGUUUUGAUUUGGCAUCUAACUUCAAACGAAUGUGGAGGUGCUACUGUAAAAUGCGUGGCCGAUUUAGAACGACAUCAGAGAGCAGUGAAUGUAGUACGAUUUUCGCCUUCAAAGGAUAUUUUAGCUUCAGGAGAUGAUGAGUCAACAAUUAUUUUAUGGAAACAAAAAGAAGAUUGUGAAUUUUUUAUCAAUUCUGAUGAAAAUGAGAAUAAAGAACAAUGGACUUCCUGGAAAGUAUUAAGAGGUCACCUUGAGGAUGUUUAUGAUAUCAGUUGGUCUCCAGACUCUAACAUGUUAGUCUCAGGUUCUGUGGACAACACAGCAAUUUUAUGGGACAUUCAUAAGGGACGUUCUGUAGCUAUACUAUCUGACCACAAGGGAUUUGUACAAGGAGUAGCAUGGGACCCUUGCAAUCAAUACAUAUGCUCUAUAAGCACAGACAGAAUGUUACGAUUAAUUGAUAUAAAUAGUAAAAGAACAGUUCAAAAAGUUUGUAAAGCCAAAAUUCCCACUCCACCGGAUCAUGCUUUAAAAGAUAAAACAGUGAGAUUGUUUUAUGACGAUACUUUCAAAUCAUUCUUCAGAAGACUAACAUUUUCUUUAGAUGGGUCAUUAAUUAUAGUACCUUCUGGUAUAAUUGAGCCUAUAGAAACCACGGAAAAGAUAUGUAACGCGACUGUAAUUUUUUCAAGACAUAAUUUAAAAGAGCCUCUUAUACUUUUACCAUCCUUCGAUCAAUGUACUAUUGCAGUCAAAUGUUGUCCAAUUUAUUUUGAGUUAAGGAAAGAUGGGCCAACGUCUAUGAUAGCAUUACCUUAUAGAAUGGUGUUUGCAGUUGCUACACAGCAUUCAGUAUUUAUAUAUGAUACUCAACAAACUUCGCCAGUCUCGGUUGUAUCGAAUAUUCAUUAUACGAGAUUAACUGAUGUUACAUGGUCGAGCGAUGGUAAAAUUCUAAUUGUAUCUUCAACAGAUGGCUACUGUUCUAUAAUACAUUUUCAGAAAGGUGAACUAGGCGAAGAGUACAAAAAGGAAAGUAGUAGUCCCAUAAAACUUAGUACUAAUAAUAAUAGCAAACAAUCUUCAGUACCGAAUAAUAAAAAUGUAGUUGGAGGUCGUUUGCCAACCACAGACAUAGACAACAGUGCUAUGGAUAUUGAUAUUGUAGAACACGAGACGAAAGUUCUUAGCAAUAAUUCAGAAUGUAAACUAACUGAAAGUAACAAAUCAUUAGACAGUAAUACUGCCUCGAAAAAUCAGGCAAAUCUAGAUGUUGAAGAAACUGAGGACGUUAAAUUAAUUUACAAUGAAGAAAGUACUAAUGAAAUUAGUGAUAAAGCGAAUACAAAAGUUCCUAGCAAAGCUCCUCGUAGAGUACAAUUAAUUACACUUUCCAGUCCAAAAGGACAUAAAAAAGAAUAACAUUAGGACGUUAAAAAUACGAUUACAAAUUAUGAAAUAUAGACAUAUUUUUGUAAUAACUUUUUAUAUUUUGUACUAGCUAUUAUA